AUGUCUUCUGACAGCCAGUGCUUCUCCGGUAUCUCCCCCAUGGUCCCCUAUCCCUUCCCUUUCUCCCUCCCCACCUACCGCGACACCAGCACAGAGGAUCUUUCUGCCCAGGCUGUUGCUGCACCCUCUUACGAGGAGGAAGCCGAGGAGGGACUUUUCCUCGAUGGUGUGAAAGUGAGCCAGGAGGCGUUCUUCAACUACUACUUGGACAUCCAGUCAGCUCCCGAGGCCGGUGCCACUGUGGAGACUGCGGGAUCCCCCACUUGCGAUUUUGCAAUCGCCACCGUCUCUGCUCCCGCCACCCCUCAAAUUACUUCUACCACCACCCCAACCAAAAACGUCUCCACCUGUCCUGCUCCUAGCACAUAUCCGCUCUCUGCUCAGACCGUCGUUGCUCCCUCUCACGAGGAGGAAGCCGACGCGGAGCUCUUCAACAAUGGUGUGAAAGUGAGCCAGGAAGAGUUCUUCAACUACCAAUUUGGUAUCCAGCCCGCUCCCGAGAAGGCCGGUACCAUCGACGUUACUGCGGGACCCCUCACUCGCGAGCCCUCUAUCGUCCCAAUCUCUCCUCCCACCACACCUAAACUUGCUUCUACUGCCAUCUCCAAGACCCCCGUCACUCCCACUCAAAAGUCUGCCGGCAAAAAGCGCUCUCCCAACCCCUCCAACAAGAGCCCUGCCAAGGCGCCAACCCCCGCCCACCUCAAGCGGGCCGGCAUCAAGCGCACCAAGAAGCACAACCGCUCCACUAUGGCCUGCGAGUGCUGUCGAAUUGCCCGGAGAAGUUGCAAUGUGGACGACAUCUACCGCUGCGACAGGUGCACUAUCCGAGGCUACAAGUGCUGUUUCUGGCUAGAGGGUAGAGGCGCGCUGAAGGUGAGACCCAGGACUAUCGAGCUCGGUCUGGAGAUCUUCACGGAGGAUGGUAAACAGAUGGUCAUUGCGCCUGAGCGUAGUCAGAUUGGCGUUCAGGCCGGACCGAGCCAACCCGCAUCCGCUGCCUCUCUCGAGCAGUCUUCCAGCGACCGUUCCUCUCCCGGCAUGACUCCCUCCUUCACUCCCUCCACGUCUAUCCCCAACCUCUCCUACUCUAUGAGUGCACCCUCCUCCCAAGCGAGUAUCAACCUCGCCACCCCGAGCUCAGCCAUGUUCAACAUUACUGGUCCUGCUCCCGCCUUCGAGUCGCAGCCUGCUGCCGCUCCUUCGUUCAACUAUGGCUUCAACGGCCUUGCCAACCUCGUCACCCCGAGCUCAGUCAUGUUCAACAUUUCUGGUCCUGCUCCCGCCUUCGAAUCGCAGCCUGCUGCCGCUCCUUCUUUCAACUAUGGCUUCAACGGCCUUGCCGCCAUGCCAGAAUUCCAAGCUCAGCCUGCCGAAGCCGAUAUCGAUUGGUCCUUUGGCUCCUACGUGGCCUCCGCACCCGCCACGGCGAGCAAUGUCCACGUCUCCCUGCCAGCCCCUACCACUUUCCGCCCGGCCCCCGCCACUUUUGGCCCAACUCUCGGUCUUGAGAUGGAUGUUGCCGGGAAAGGUCCUUGGAACUUCCCCGCCGACUCUCCUGCCGCGCCCCUCUUCACUGGCCCGGCUAUGACCAACAGCUUUUCGGGUUUGGAGGGAAUGAUGGACGUGGGGAGCUCCUGUGAGGUUGGGGGCCAGCCGUUCUACUGGGAUGAGCUGGAGGCGAUGGCGUAG